GCGGGCCGGUGGCAACCAUGGCGGCCUCCUUGGUCGGCAAGAAGCUCGUGUUUGUCACCGGCAACUCCAAGAAGUUGGAGGAGGUCACUCAAAUUCUAGGAGAUAAGUUUCCCUGCACCUUGGUGGCAAAGAAGAUUGAUCUGCCGGAGUACCAGGGCGAGCCGGACGAGAUUUCCAGACAGAAGUGCCUGGAGGCAGCACGCCAGGUGCAGGGGCCGGUCCUGGUGGAGGACACCUGUCUCUGCUUCAACGCCCUGGGGGGCCUCCCCGGACCCUACAUAAAGUGGUUCCUGGAGAAGUUAAAGCCUGAAGGUCUCCACCAGCUGCUGGCCGGGUUCGAGGACAAGUCAGCCUAUGCGCUCUGCACCUUUGCCCUCAGCACUGGGGACCCCGGGCAGCCGGUGCUGCUGUUCCAGGGCCGGACUGCGGGCCAGAUCGUGGCACCCCGCGGCUGCCGGGACUUCGGCUGGGACCCCUGCUUCCAGCCUGACGGAUACCAGCAGACGUACGCAGAGAUGCCCAAGGCGGAGAAGAACAGCAUCUCCCACCGCUUCCGGGCGCUGCAUGAGCUGCAGGACUACUUCUGCCGACUGACUUGCCCUGGGGGUGGCAAUGCCCAGGCCGGCCAAGGGUCUGGGGAUAGCUAGCCUGGCCACCUCCGCUGGACUAACACCUGCCGGCGGGGACUUUCCUCAGGGGAGUGGAGAGUGGAGACUGCUGCCCCCACGCCCCUUUGGACGGUGAGGCCGGUGUGCUGGGCAUGGAGGGCACUUGGGGCAAGUGUUCCUGUUCUCUGGCUCAGCAGCCAGCCCCCAGGCCCGGGGUCCCACAAGGGCCUGGUGCUCGCUCGCAAGGGCCUGGGACAUGGAGCCCCAGGGCAGACUCUGCACAUUUGAGGAAGCAGCGCACAGACAGACACCUUGGAUGUUUUUGAAAUGCCACAAAUAAAAAGCCUGAAAGAAAGACGCUUGC